GUUUCUCAUGCUUCGCUUCUCUCGGAUUCUCUUCGGCACAUAUAACCCUUUCCGUUUGUGCACCACAGCAUUUGCUGCAGGGACCGCAGCUUUCGCUGCACGUGUCGCAUCUUGUCCGUUCGUACUGGCUGAGGUGAAGGAGCCGAAUUCCCCUUUGCUCACAAUUACGUCCAACAGUUCAACUUCUGAUAUUUUUUCCCGCUGCGUCCAGUGGCAGUUAGAUGCAAAUCUCAGUCUCGUCCAUCAAUUGCUUCGUGAGUUCGAUGCCAGUGUGUGCAGAUUAAUGGAACUCCUUGCCUCACAAACUCAAUUUCUCAGGUGUUAUACGCCCGAGUCAGAUCCUGAACUAGACGAAGUCAUGAUAAAGAACCGAUCUGACUGGAUCCUUACACUCAAACGUUUGGACAAACUUGAAUUGGCCAUCGAGUCUGGCAUCAGUUUGUUACGCACAUCGGUCGAGACCACUUUUAUGUGCGAGGAUUUGAUAAACGGAAACCUGAAUACUGAGCCAUCCCAUGCUCCUGGCCAACGUCUGUCCCGUCAAGGAAGCGAGAUGUUGCAGUCAGUUGAGUCAGAGUACCGUCGUUUGAAAGGUUUAAGAACCAUCACAACCAAUCGUUGGUCUGUGUUAAUUAGUGAACAUAUUGCAAACUGGGGCCAGCUUGCAAAACAGUAAAAUAAACGCCUAUUUUUAAUCCCCUUUUCCUCCUUUUGGCAACUUCCGCUAAUGAACUGCUUCUUAUUCUUUCAGUCCAUCGAACGAACAGGCUUUGC